AUGACUAAUUUGGAGAUAUUAUGUUUCUUCACUUCUUUAGAGAUUAAUGGUGGACAUCUAAGUUUGCCUCAACAAUAUCCUCAUAACGUCAAUGAUGUUCGAUUUAGUCAUAACGUUCAGCAGGGUUCAAUGCAUUUACAACAAAAUGUAGUAGAGAAUGUGCAACAACAUGCUUCUAGUAACUUGCAACAACAUAUACCUGGAAAUUUACAACAACACGUAACUGGAAAUAUGCAACAACAUGUUACCGGAACCCUGCAAGUUAAUAACGCGAGUAUUCCACUUUUUGGGCAGCAAUCAAAUGGAAAUAGUGCGGCAGCAGCACUUUUGGAUCCAACAUUAGGGCCACUUCUUCAAAGUGCCUUGGAAGUCUGGCCUUUUUUACAACAUUAUCCACAGCAACAAACGCAACAGAUAAAUAAUACAAAUCUUUUUGGAUCUCAAGCAUCGAAUCAGCAAGCCCAAACAUUUCUUUUGCAACAUAAUACUCAAAAUCUAGGAUAUGUGCAAAACCCACAACAGACGGCGCAAUACCUCCAGGCUCAACUGCAACAAUUGUUGAGUGCGAGUAUGAAUAAUGUUAAUGUUAAUAACGCUGCAUCACAAGCAGUUUCAACAGUAGAUUCGCAAGUGCCUAUAACGAUGACGUCUGCGCAGCCGUUCGCGCAACAAAUUGUUCCAAGCUGGAACGGUAAUCAAGUUAAUGUUAACCAAUCCACAAAGGAUAACAAUGUGAGUUCACUUAGCUUGAUUGUGCCAACUACGACAUCGGAUCCACCAAUAAAGGAAGAAGUAUUAUCUGAUAAUCAAGUGCCUUUAGAACGACAAGAAAUGACCGAACGACAAGAAAUGACAGGACGACUAGAAACGACAGAACGACCAGAAGCGACAGAACGACCAGAAGCGACAGAACGACCAGAAACGACAGAACGACCAGAAAUUACAGAACGACCAGAAAUUACAGAACGACCAGAAAUGGCAGAACGACAAGAACGACAAGAAAUGACAAAACGACUAGAAAUGACAGAACGAUUAGAAAUGCCUCAACAAGAGAAGGAGGCAACUGAGCAACAGACGCGAAGACCUGGAGAGACGAACGCCGAAAUAAUUACGAAACUAAAAGCAUUAAGAGACAAGAUUAAGAAAGGAUUAGGAAUGCGAGAAAGAAGCCCAGCAAUGACGGGCGUUGAGCAAUGGCCGAGUUCACCGACAAUUUAUAGAUCACGGCGGAGCAGAUCUCCAUUUAAUGCUUAUAGGUAUGAAAAAGAGGGCGCAAACUCUGAUUACAGGAGAUAUCGAAAUCGAAGUAGAUCUGCGAGUCCAAGAAGAGCUGUUCGGAAUGAUUAUAUUUUAACGGGGUCAGUAUCUCCUAGCAGAUUUCGUACUCGAUCAAUAACCGAAUACGAUGAAAGAUAUUAUGUUCGAAAUCCCGGACAAGAAUUUCGUGAUAAGUACCCACCGCGUGGUGUGUCAAUGGCUAUGUACGAAGAACUAAGACACGGUAGACAUAAUGAAAGAUACGAACGACCUUUCGGGCGAUCUAGGUCCCCGAUUGGAUACCCAGGAGGCCGUAGACCGAAUGUUUGGCACGGAGAACCAUACGAAAGAGAGAGACCCGGUCAUGAAUUCCAUUACGAGUUUGCACACCGACGGCAAACUAGUCGUUGGUAG